AUGCAUGAUGCUAGAGGCUACUUUGACUCCAAAACACUAUAUUCUGCGUCAGAAUUUCAUAAAUUUGAUUAUAAAAUUUCACAAAAUUCGACCAAAUAUAAGUAUUAUAUAGCAGAAAUACCAUUGACAAUACCACAGAAGACAUUGAAAUGCUCGUCAGUAUCAGAAUUCCCGCAUUUAUACACAUAUCAACUAAAUGUUCAAAAAUCGCAAGAAGAAAUUUAUUACGUUGAUAAUUUCUUUGGUAGCACAUAUCUCAAAACGAGGUUUGGCAAGAAAAUAACGUCAGAUAUAUCAAAAGCCAGUCAUUUUCUAACAAACAAGAAAUACAACAAUCUUACAGAAGUAGAAUUCACAGGUGAGCUUCCGGAAUAUUACAUAACCUACGUGUAUGGUCCAGCAGACCGUAUUCAUGCAAAUCUUUGUACUUCUGUUCAUAUGUUCAGAUUUUAUUACUUUGCAUACUGCAACAUCAUAAUAUUCACACUUGUAUUAAUAUCAUUUCUAAUCGUUCGAAAAUUAACUUUUGGAAUUCCUCAAGUUUAUUUUGUCACGAGGAGAGGCGUUUACCUUACAAGGAAGCCAGAAAAAGAAGCAGGAGCAUUAUCCAAAUUCGUAAUGACUGUUAAUCCUUCGAUUUUACCUACAUCUUUCAAUCCAAAAUCAAAAUCUGACCCAGAACUUCGUUUUGUCGUAAUAAAAAGCGGUUUUGUAUACAUAGCGUGUGAAUUACAGGCCCUUAGAAUGGACCACAAUAUCGUACAAGACUUCCAAACUGCUGCAGGUUUCAUUCACAACGAAGAGAACAAAGAUGGACUUCCAAUCAACUGCCAGAUGCGAAGAACUACAAAAGGAGACCCUGUUUUAGAGGUUAAAGCUAAACUUUACGGAAGAGAUUGUUCAAUUUUACUACAUCCUGAACAAAACAAUUUAUUACCAUGUGGCGAACAUCGAUUACUAUCUACAUCAAUACAAAGUAUCUACAGUGAUAUAAUUUACGACAUUUUGGUGUCAAAUGGAAAUUCCCCGUUAAAUAAGCAAUGGGGCAAAUCAUUUAUAUCCAAACUGGACGCCUUAGUUGUCGGUUUAUUCAGUAUUACUGAUAAAAUCGACGUAAUCCAUCUCGCCGGCCAAUCAAAAGAAUAUGAAGACGAAAUGUUGAACUUUGUUCAGAAAUUGAAGCUUCCAGACCACGCAUCCAUCAAAACUAUGUCCGUUACAACAGGAAAAUUGUAUAUAAGUGGCACAGUUGUCUCAUUAUUUAAUCAAAAUAUUUCAAUGUUCCUCGGAAUCUCUCCAGAAAAAAUGUUUUUGAGAGCUCAAGAAAGUAUGUGGCUCGAAUUCGCUACAAUUUUCAUUACUUUCUUCAGAAUUGUGGAUUCAAAUUCUGUCAGGACGAGAUUUUUAAGAUUACAUAAUCUUUACAAGGCAACAGGCAAGCACUGCAUCUUAGAGACCAUGGAUUCCAAGAUUAUCCAUACUUUUGGCAAGGAAUCAAUAAUUACAGGCAAAGAUCAGUUCGAAUCCAUCAGAGAUAACACCGAAUACCUUCUAAAAAGAAGUAACAAGACAGAACUGUUCAUGAGGCUUGGAAAUGACUGGAAUUGGUUUAAUGUAAGAGCUGUCAGAUGUUUUGACCAAGUUAUGAACAAUUAUAUCAAUUCAUAUCUCAUUACUGAUAUGUCAAAUGUUCUUCAGGCCGAAACUAACUUCAGAAUGAAGAGAAAGGAGAAAUUUGAUAUGUUAAGGUUAAUGAAGUUACAAAGAUUCGGCUACACGUCGAUACCACCUUUCACGGACUAUACAAUCUCCCGGCUACUCGGUUAUGAGACUCCAAGGAAGCUAAUGAAUUUAUUGCAUCCAGAUGACAUAAGGAAGAUCAAGCUUGGGACACCAAUAUCCAUUGUGAGAGCUUUGUCCUCCAAUGGUACAUAUUCGACCUAUUUCAUGGUCCAUUCUAAAGAAUACGACGAAUCUGGAUUUAUCUUCCCUUUCCCUCAGUUUGAUUCGAUCAACCAGAGGUUCGCCAGUGAAGAUGAUUUUACUACAUUCCCAUCCGAAAGCAAGAGGUUCGCAUUCUUUGUUAUUGAUCCAAUUUCAAAAAGAAUCGUUUCUUUUGUCGGAAUCCCAUCGAUCAUCAACCAUUUCAAGUCUAUCCCUCAACCUCAUGCCAAGGACAUCUAUACUCUCGUCCAUCAUGACAGUCGACAGCAAUAUGACGUUGCAUUCCAAAAUCUUCUCAGUGGAACCUCGAAAGUCGAGAAAUUGGAUGUCUUAUUCGAAUACUAUGACAUUGGUUUCUCCCAUUCCCGUAUUUCCAUGGAGAUGACCUCUUCAGAUUUGAUUUUAAUUUAUGUCUUCAACAAUUCCAAAGAAGCACAGAUCGAAGCGACCUUCAACGACCUCAGUUCCACAGUAGAUACCGCUCUAAGGUAUACUAACGUCGUAUCCUUCACUUUCAUGAACAAUCAUGAUCAUCAGUUCAUUUUAACACGUCCUCCCGAGAAAUGCCACACGAUAACAAUAAACUGGAGCUUCAUAGAGCACAACAUUUCUAUUGACGACCAGCCGAACAUCAUCAAACAGUUCAAAGCCGCUUUGGAAGAAGGAAAACAAAUUGAACUGGAAGUAACGAUGAUUUUCGACAGAAUGAAGCAUUACACGAUUCGUGGCUUCAGAACAGAGUCCGGAAAAGUCAUUGGCAUUCUCUUGGAUCGCACAGAAUUGUUCUCAAUGUUCAACCAAAUUGAGCAACAAACGAAACGCGCUGAUGAAGCAAACAACGCUAAAUCCAGGUACUUGGCGAACAUGUCACAUGAAAUACGAACACCUCUCAACGGAAUGAAUGGUUUGUUGGAGUUGUUGGAUGGUACAGAACUCGCUAAAAACAAUUCCGAAAUAUUGAAAUGCAUCAGAACAAGUUUUGUCAAAUUAUUGGAAUUGUUGAAUGAUACAUUGGACAUUGCAAAGAUCGAUCAGAACUGCAUGAUUCCAGAAGAUGUUCCAUUCAAUACUUUCGAUCUUGCACUAAGUGUUACACAAGGAUUUGAACAGAGAGCAAUUGAUUCUGGUGUUGAAUUACGCGUUGAAAUCAUUCCAGGAACACCAUCGAUGUAUCGCGGAGAACCACAUUUUCUCGCGAGAAUCAUGAACAAUUUGAUCUCGAAUGCAAUCAGAUGCACGGAAAGAGGAUACGUAAAUGCAACUCUUUCCCAAGUCCUUCCUAAAGGAACACUGUUAGUAAGAGUUGAAGAUUCUGGUUCUCACAUAACUCCAGAAGAAAGAUUGUCACUUUUUGAUGCAUUUGGCAGUUUGGGAAGUGGCAAUUGCACUGUUAGAUGCGAAGGAACUAGUUUGGCAUUGGUCAAGAGAUUGGUUGAUUUGAUUCGUGGCAAGAUAAACGUCAAAGAUAAUGAUGACGGAGUUGUUUUCGAAGUGGAAUUGCCUUUCGAACCAAUUUUGUGCACGUACAUUCCAAGAAGAAUGAAGAGAUACGGUUGGGAGAUGCUAUUCUUGUGUCCUGAAUGCGUAAUACAAGGAACACCUGAAUCCCACGCUUUCUUCACUGGAAUGAAUUUACUUUAUGAACCAUCAAAAGUGACAGAUAAAUUACUUGUUGUCAUUGCAAGAAAUACACAUCCACAAUUGUCAAUCGCCGUGGAAUUGAAGAAGAAAUACCCAAGAACAAGUAUUAUCUGCAUAACAAGAUUGACUCCGCCAGUUAUCAAAGGAGAUUUCAUCGUUGUUCCGCAAUCUCAAUUUUGGCUUCACUUUUGUCAGUUUUUCCUCACAACAUGCAUGCACAAAGUUAGUAGGAUUAACGGGCCACAUGAUAACAGCAAUGAGAUGCAGCCGGAUGAGACAUACAAGAUCUUGGUCGCUGAGGACACACCGAUGAAUCAGUUGGUCAUUUCGAAAUUGCUCGAAAAAUUGAAUGUCAAAUUUGACAUUGUUUCUAAUGGCCAGGAAGCGCUCGAGAGACUCAAGAAGGAGCACUACAGUGUCAUAUUCAUGGACCACCACAUGCCUGUGAUGGAUGGACCGACUGCAGCAAGAGAAAUAAGAAGACAAGAAAAAUUAAAUUCUGACAAAUACGGAAUUCCGAUUUUCGCUAUGACUGCAAGUAUUAUGAAGGAAGAUGAGGACGAAUGCAGAGAAUCAGGAAUGAAUCAGUUCGUAAGUAAGCCAAUUUCGAUACAUAAGCUGCAACAGGCAAUUAGAGACUCGUUGACAUAUCCUUACAACAAACAAGGUAAUAUGUAA